AUGGGUAAUAGUAGUGUAAAGUUUAGAUUGAAACUUCACAUUGAUGAGAAUAGAAACAAAGUUGUUUUGGCUGAGGCUGAGCAGGACUUUGUUGAUGUUCUUCUCAGUCUCUUAACUCUCCCGAUGGGAAACGUUGCUAGAUUGCUGGAGAAUCACAAAACUUUUCCUGGAGUCCUGCAAUGUUAUAAAAACCUUAACAAAAGCGUUGCAGAUAUGGACCGAAGCCUGCAAAACUAUGUUGAGACCGAAGCCUGCAAAACUAUGUUGAUGGACCUGAGGAGUACUAAGGAUAUCCAUCGCAGAAGGCUCAAAAUGGACAUGAGUUAUACUUAUCCCACCAAGUUCUUCAUGUGCCCAACACAUACAGGCUACAGCAAUUUUAACUCCACAAGAUGUAGAUGUGGAGAUUUGAUGACCUCUCAAAUUCUGGUCCCCGAAGAAGAGCAAGUUAAAGAAGUGAUAGGAAAUAAUGAAGAUGGAGUGUUUGUCAAUUGCCGAUCCUCAUUCAUAAUCACUGACGAGUUGAAAGUGACAUCAAACUCUAUUGGUGUUCUCAUGAAAGUUCUUAAUGAUCAAGGGUAUGCUGGCUUUAGUGAUCUGAAGGAAACCCUAAUUGAUGUUGGCUUCGAAGAGGUGCGAACUCUACUAGGAUGUUUAUUCACUUCAGAAGCUGCCUUGACAUGCGCGUUCCUUAAAAAAACUUGCAUGACAAGGAAUCUAAGAAUGUUGUAUCCACCUACAAUGAAAAAUGUCAAAGUAUGCUCCGUGGAAGUUUAUGUUAGAAAGCUUGAUGGGAAGAUUCUUUAUGCUGAGUGCAAUGGAGAUUUUGUUGAUUCUCUUCUCAGCUUUCUGGUUCACCCUCUUGAGUUGGCUUCCGCAUUGUCUAAUGACAAUACAGUUUUGAGAUGUGUUAGAAAUCUGAUCAGAAGUCCGUGUAGAAGAGCAGCUUCCAUUGUGAGUCUGGAUCCAAAUAAUCCAAAAAUCAAGUCUGGAACUUCAUCAGGUUGUGGGACUGGGUUUAUGAAGAAAAAUACAAAGUUCAUCGUGUCUAACGAUCUUACUAUAACACCGAUGACUACAUCUUCAACCACUGGAUUGUUAAAGAAGUUGCAGGUAGACAUCAGUGAUCUCGACAGUUACCAGAUUAGCAUUUCCAAAGUUGAGCUCAUUAGCAUUCUUAGAGCUUCCUUAAUCUCCUCAUCUGCAUUGACCAAAGGCCUCUCAAACUUGCUGGUCAAGAAACCGAAGGAAGAAGCUUAA